CGGAUGAUGACAUCACAACAUUAGUUCGGCCAUUUUUGUUGACUGUAAGCUGGAACAGGAUUCAGCCACAGGUUUCUGACAAUAUCCCGGUUCUGCCAGCAAUUUCAUAAUGGCUGCUCCUCAAAACCCUCAGGCUGGGCCAGGAGGUCCACCGUCAGCUGGUCCAGGCGGUCCCCAGGGCGGCAUGCAGCCCCCUCGGGAACAGAGCAAGCGACUGCAGCAGACGCAGGCGCAAGUGGAUGAGGUUGUGGAUAUCAUGCGAGUGAAUGUGGAAAAAGUACUAGACAGAGAUCAGAAAAUUUCACAGUUAGAUGAUAGAGCAGAGGCCCUCCAGGCAGGAGCAUCACAGUUUGAAGCAAGUGCAGGCAAACUAAAACGAAAGUAUUGGUGGAAGAACUGCAAGAUGAUGUUGAUCCUGGGGGCUAUCAUUGGAGUCAUUGUCAUAAUUAUCAUUGUAUGGGCGACUGAAGGCUAAGGUGUGGGUCGUGACCAGCCAGGACUCUGGGGGUGAUGAUUCGGGCAGCAAGACACCGGCUACUGCUGGUACCUCACCGAAACCCGUGGAGUCUGGAGUUCAAGGCGGUGGUGGGGCGGCAGGCAACGCCCCCACUCUCAACUCGUAGAGCGAAGGAAUGUCUUGAGACGCACAGAGGACCAUAUAGGCUGUCGGCCACACAUACACUCGUUCAUUCAUAUAUUUAUGAUUUGCUUGGUUUAGUUCGAGGUUAGUGGGGUAGAACUCAAAUGGUAUAUUGUACACAUUUCCAUGGUCUCGGGCGAACAUCUAUGUUACAGGUUUUUUUUAACCACCACUCCCUACUAACCCCCCCCCCCCCCCCCAGAAUCAACUAUUGCAAAAAGAAAAUUACCCAAACUAAAAAAAUAUGGAAAUAAAAACCAGACUUUUUCUAUGCAUUUUGAGGGAACCUUGUUGCUGGGACCAUUAAGAAUACUUGAUACACUUUUGCGAUGUUCUCAUGUAAUAUGGAUCAGUAUGAUGUACUUGGUUUUUGCCCGAGGCCAUGGUUUCAUAUGUAUUUUUUUGGGAGGGUACUCCAUGUGAAAAGGGGGAAAGAGGUUUCUGCGCGUAUGCGCUACAUUUGAAUUAGAUCAUCUAUCAUGUACAGUACGAUCGUUUAGCUUUGUGAGAUUAGACGUAAUAUUGUGUUGGUGAUGUCCUUAUGGAGGAUUUUUUUUUUUUAAGUGAAUUAUUUUUUAACCCUUUUCCGUCAUGAAAACUCCAGGGAUUAUUAUGCAUUUGUCCUAGAAAUCCCACUAUUUAUGUACUUAGACUUCUGGUUUGCUUUGUACAAAUUAAAUGCGAAGGCAGGAGACUUUUUCUGAACAAUCCUAUGGAAACAAGUCAUGGUUCUUUAUAUACAUCGAUGAAAUUAAUUAAUAAGCAGUUAAAAGCUAAUCGUUUGUAAUUUUAUAUCGAGCUUGUUCUAGGUUGUUUUUUUGUUGUUGUUGUAGAACAGUGACUCUUCUCUUGUGAAACUGGUUUUAGGGAAGGCAAGGGACAACAAUUAGUUCUCGAGGAGUACCGUAAUACAAAUGCUUCAUUUUGUGUUAAUGUUACCUUUGAGAUGCAAGACUAGGCUCAACUGUCUUAAACAUGUUUCGAAGAUUUGUACCCCACAGUGAGGACAUGCAGGAACACCCAUACACACAUACACACUCGCAUGUGCAAACAUUUGUAUGUCUAUUUAUAUAUAUAAAUAUUUCUUUCUUUAUAUAUAUGAAUAAAUAUAUCAAACUUCAUUAAGAUUUUCCAAAGUGUGUAGACAAUUCUUCUCCAUAAACUCAAGAGUAGUGUAAAGGGGCCGGAAAUUGGAAGCUGUCAUCAUCGUGACUGUGCGUAUAGACUCCCAUUCAGUGACUCGUUUAAUCAGCAGAUAGUUGAUGGUUUGGCUGGAGCAGAGCAGCCAAUGAAAUCCAUUCAUGGUGGUAAAAGUAAAAAGUCCCCCCCUCCCAAAACACCACCAUUAUUUUGAACAAUGUUGACCUCAUAUGUGGAUGGUGGCCACUGUGGGGUUGGUGUAAUGUCUCAAAGGAAGAGAAAACGGAUGGCUGUGAUCAUCGAUGUAUGCGAGAGGGAUUGGAGGGGGGGGGGGGGGUCUUUUCUUUUUGCCUCCAGAGUAGGGUCUGGCCUCCUUGUGUCGCUGUCCACUCCCCACUUUGUCCUGGCUGGUAUGUUGCGGACUACGUGGUAUACCGUACACGAACAUAGUUGAUAGAGAGUGCUAUUGUAUGAGAAUAGGACGGAGAGAGAAAUGCACAUUCUAUGAUGACAUUUUUUUAAUGAAUGAGUUGAGCUUUUUGGUUUUUAAAAAAUAAUUUUUUUCCUCAUAUUCUUUUUUGUAAUUGGAAUCUCGGGCGAAUGUGUGACCUAGUGUCCGUUUGGGGGCAUUUCUUUCCAAUGUUGCCCAUCAGAACGAGGUAGAACCGACUUGUGAUAUUCUACAGCGUUAUUGACAUUACAUUACUUGUAUACUUGUGAGCCGUCGUGUACUAUUGUUUCAUUCUGGUCCUGUACACACCCUCCCUCCCUCCCACCUACCCACGCUCCCUUCCUGUUUGUUUUUUCUCACCUCUUUCUUCAAUUUUUUUUUUGUAUUGGUUUUUUUUUCAGUUACGGUAUUCUCCUUUGUUGUAAUAGAUUUUUAACCUUUCCUUAGUGAUGCUCUGGUGUAAUUGUCAUUUUUUUUCUCCUGAUGUCUUGAGGGCUAAGAAGGAGUUUGGUGCUGCAGAAGAGCAGGAGGUCAGUAACUGAAUUCUGUUUUGACGAGUAGGGUCUUUGGUGCUUUUCGCUGUAUGGUCUUGUAUUAUGUCUGUCGGUCUUGGCCCAGAUUUGGAUGGAGAUUUCAGAAACGGUGUGUGAUACCCUCUUUUCUUUUGAGUAGCUGUGCCAGAGGGAACUGUUGGAGGGAGGAAUGGGCCUCUCUUAUGUCUUGUUCUUGAUCAGUCUGCUUUGAGGGGGAUGACCAUUGGUCAAAUGGACACGCUCGAUCAGCACGAUCAGAUUGGGUACCAUAUGGAGGGCUGGCUCUCGUACACUCUCUGUGGAAUACACCUCUGCUGUGCCUCAUCAGAUUCGACGGAAGUCCAUAAACAAUUAUCGCAUUCUGAGUGCUAACAAAAAAUCGGACCCCGAAAUGUCAUGUGACUCAAAAUUGUAGCCUCUGAUAUUAGUGAUAUAUUGUUGGCCACAAUUUUCAUCGAAUCGAACACAGUCAUGAUCUAGAAAAUCCAACGUGUUUUGAUUUUGAAGGAUUUUAUCUAAUUGUGCCAAAAUUGUAGCUUUUGCCUCUCCAUGAAAGAAAGUCUGGCCACCUGAAAUUUAUCAAACUAUAUCAGAUAGUAGGGAUUUGAUGAAACUUUUUGCAUUGUGUGCUGGGUGUCAUCUUUGUAAGUGUAAGUAACGGAACGUUAUUGCUAUGUGACUUUGCGUUACGCUAAUGGCCUGAUCUUACCUUACCAAACUGACCCAAAGUGUGUGUAUGUGUGUGUGUGUGGGAUGUUGGUCCCAGUCUUAGUUCCUCCUGCUACCACUGCUCCCCCUGCACUCUCUCUCCUCGCUCAGGAGACUUUGAGAGAUGUGUAGCUGUAAAAAUAUGUCGGUUUAUUCCACUUGUAACAAGCCUGUAUAGUUGUGAUAAAAACUCUUGUGUGACUUUUCUCUCAUGUUUUAACCUUGUAGUACAUAUUUGUGUGUGUGGGUCUCUAGCAACAGUUGUAUUAUCAUCCGACAGUCUUUGGAAAAUGGUUUCUGAGAUGCUUUCUUUUUCUGUAAGCCUGUUUCGUGGGUGGUAGUUUGAUCUUGUCUCAACAAAUUUAUGUGGUGAACAUCUGUCAUGAGUCGUGUCUCUGAGUUCUGCUGGAGCCAUUUCAUUCAAAUAUAUUGAAAUACUGGUAAACAUUGAGAUUGUUGGUUGGUGGAAAUAUCAUUCCUACAGUUUUUUAAAAGUUGGUAUUGCUCGACUGCUAAGUGGAAAUGCUUAGUUUUCUCUUUCAUUGAAUUGACAUGGCCACGGUGUAUUAUUUCAUAGAUGGAUUUUCCAGCACGUCUUUGUUAUAAUAUGAAUGUCACAGCUCUGUUGCAGUUGUACAAAUCUUUGAUUAUGAACAAAUUUAGAACAUAAUGUGAAUUUUUAAAAGUCCAAAUAAACUCCCCCCCCCCCAAAAAAAAAGGCACCCUGUCAAGUCAGUGGUUACUGUUGGGUGCUGCUGCCGUUCAUGCAGAGCUAUUAAAAACUUUUUAAAAUAUAUUUUGGACGUUCAAGCAUGAUUGACACUGCUUCUCACGAUAGCCUAUUUGCUAUUCUGACAAAGUUUGCUAGGUAUGAAUUGGCCUGUUGUGUCCGGAUGUGGCGGGAACAAGAAGGAAAGGGGAGAAGCCGGGCAAAGAAUUUCUGGGGCUUAUUUAUUGACUUGUUGCCUGCUGGUGUGGACAAGAUUUGUGUUUGUUUUUAUAUAGAACAUUCCAAAGACACAAGGAAUCCUUUGGAUUUGUUUCUUUGUUUGUAUUUUUAAUUAAUUCCUUUUGUAUCAUAUUUCCAAGUGAUGAUGUUACUUACUUUGUGUAUUUACUGUGUAUGUAUGCAAAGUACUUUGGAUGUGUGGCUCUUUUCUGUUUUGUACAAAAUGGAAGUCAUUGGAAAAAAUGGGUGUUGACUUCAUUGUGACUGGAUUUGGGUCCUCAUUUUAUUUUCUAUUUUUGUCUUUCUUUAUUUCUCAUUUAAGACCUUUUCUGUUGCCACGAGUUACAAUACUUUGACAACUAAGGCCAUUGUUUGAAGAUGAGUGCAAAUUUGGAAAGAUUACUAAUUACUUUGUGCAGUGUAGGAUGUGAUUUUGACAAUUAUUUCAAGAUUUAGGUGAAAUCCUAGUGCUUUUAAUUUUUCAGUUCAAAGGGCAUUUGUGCCAAAUACAGAGACUUUUGUCACUAGUGUAGUGAGAACAUAUUCUGAGUUUUGUGUGCCAACUUUUCAGAGACAAUACAAGCUCCGCCAUGCUCUGUCAAUGUUAAUCAUAAUCCAGAGAAUGUUAUUUUCCUCUAUGAUAAGUAAAUAAUGACUGCUGAUGCAGUAUUUGCACAGUUUUUGGAUUUGAUAGAAGGUUGUGCACUUUGGGCUGCUCAGAGAGAAUGUGUUAAUGGAGGAGAAAUGUAGAGGGUAAAGUGGGAAUAAUUUGUAUGCGAAAUGCAUUAAAAAGAAAUGUGUCGGAACUUAACUGACUUUGUACGAACUUUGUCACAGAAGAUCCAAUUAAGAAGUAUGCGUGUUAAAAAAGAUAUAAAGCUUCAUUUUACCUCUUGAUGAAGUACACUGUUGGAUAUGUCAUGUCCAUUGUGCAAUAAUAUUUGUGUUGGUUUCUGUGUUUUGUCUGGAUUGUUUCCCUUUGGUUUCUUUUUUUCCCCUCGACUUGUUUUUGUUUCACUCAAAGAGUGGUUGCUGCUUGUUUCGUUUUUUUUUGUGUUUUAAAUAUGAAAGAGAUGCACUAGUAUAGAUAUUUGAUAACAUACAAAUAAUUGCUUCAAAUUAAAAAGUGUUUUGCCCGAGAAGUUUGCUACUUGUGUAAUUUAUUUGUUUUUACGGUUUUCACUCCAGUUUUAAAUUGGGUCUUAUUUUCACACUCCUUGUCUUUAUUUUGGACUGUACGUUUUUGCGUGGGUUCAGAUUUUUGUUUGUUUUUCCCUUCACCUUUUCCCCUUCCUUUACUGAAUGUUGUUGUUCCUGCAGGUUUCCCUUCCGUGCCCUGACUUUGUCCUGUGCUGGAAUAGUUUUUGUAGCAUUUAGCUGUUGGAUAGUGGGAAGUCCAUCUAGUAUACGCAGUGGAAGUUCUCUUGUGUCAUGUCAAGUUGUAGUGCAGUCAGAGGAAUAUUUAUUCUGAGUUCGUUGGGAGGGGGCGGUCUUUUAGCUAAGUUGGUGUCUUGCUGGGCUGCGGUGAAUGUGACCCUGGUUUGAAUCCCCUAUGGUGAUUUCUUGAACUUGAGUCGAGUUUAAGGCUGUCUGCCUUCCUGGCUCCUGUCGUUAUGUCAGUGGCAGACAAUGAAUAAGUAGGUCUUGCCUCUUGAAUGACCUUGCAGUGUUCUAAGAAACUUGAAACUGGGACAUUUACUUUGCUAAAACAAAUUGUUGGUGUCGACCGAUUCGUUUCAAGUGACUGAGCAGGACAGCUUGUCUUUGUUUUGUUCUGUCCUGAGGUCAUUCAUGUGUGUUGCUGUGUUUGACCAGGAUGUCUGAACAAGCGAAGUCCCGAGUAGGAACCACCAUGAUUUACCCCCCCCCCCCCCCCCCCCCGCAGAUUUCCUCUUGGAUCCUUGUGCUCCUUGUUCUGGUUCGAACACAUUCAUUGUAUCAGGUUGGAGUAGUGUAAGGGCGUGCCAGUUGCCUGUGUACCCUGUUCUUUGUCUUUUAUUUUAUGAAAUGAUCACACCCACCCUCGACCUCCUCCUCUCUUUUUUCAUCCAUUUUUAUUAUUAAUAUAUAUAUAUUUUUAUUUUAUUUUAUGGACUCUUAGUACCCUAGUACACAUCCAACUCUAAGGUUUGGGGGAAGGUGGUGGGGGCAAUUGGACGGUUCUGCUUUAAUGCCCUUAGAGACUUAAUGACUUACGCAGUGCAGUUGAGAUUUGAACACACACGAAAGAAAAUCACUGUGACAAGAUAACCAAAGAUGGAUGAAGAUUCUCUCCCCCUCUCUCACCCCCCCCCCCUCUCUCUCUCUCUCUAACUUAUAUUAUUAACCCCUAUCACCCUAGAGGAAUGGUGCACUUGGUCCUGUGGAGUCUUUGCUCUUAGCUUAGCCUAGUGAGUGGCUGCGGCAGCCCAUGUAUUGUGUUGUUGCAUGUACGGUAUAUGUAGGCAUGUCUGUAUGUGUGUGUGAAUGUGUCAGAUUCUAGUUGUGAAUGCUGACACUAGCUUAGCACAUGAUGCUGCGCUAUUGGAGAAAAAACUUGUCUGAGUACCUAUGUGUGUGUGUGUGUGUGUGUGCAAGAAGAGUUUGCAGUUUCUUCCAUACAGUUACAUUUUUUUUCCCUUUAUUUUUUGGGGGUUUUCUGUUUGUCUUUGCAGUUAUGUUGUAUUUUCAUUAUUUGUUAUAAAUUUUUUAUUUUUCUGGUCAAUUUUUUUGUGCGUGUUUUGGUAAGAAAAAUCAUUUCCUUUAUCUCAACUGUGUGAUUUUGUUCUGAUUUUGAUUGUGUACAUUGUCAUUAAUGUAAGAAAUAAACUCGUAGACUAGAAAAAAAA